GAUUGAGGUCCUGAGAGGUGCGGAGACGGAAUUGGAGUGAGGGAGCUGCGCCGAAUCUCCGUUGACCGCGCGACAGCUGUUGGGCGCGCGUGCCGGUCGCUGAGGUCGAGCCUGACAGACGCGGAGUUGCUCGAGAUCACAGCGCGGACAAGAUGAGCAGCAAAGAAGGUGGCUUCAGAAAAAGGAAACAUGACAGUUUUCCACAUGGCCAAAGGAGGGAAGAGAAAGAUAGCAUCAAUUUUUCUUCAUCCAUAAUGACAUACUUCAAGAUGUUUCAGCUGGAACUUGAUACAAGACAUGAUAAAUAUGAAAGACUUGUGAAACUUAGUCGUGACAUAACUAUUGAAAGUAAAAGGACCAUAUUCCUACUUCAUAGAAUUUCCAGUGCUUCCAAUGUAGAAGAAAUACUAACAGAAUCUGAAGUCAAAUUAGAUCUUGUGAGACAGAAGAUAAAACAAGUAGCACAAGAAUUGAUGGGAGAAGACAUGCAUCAGUACCAUAGAGCUAUUUCUCCAGGUCUUCAAGAAUAUGUGGAAGCUGUUUCAUUUCGGUAUUUUAUCAAAACCCACUCAUUAAUUAGCUUAGAGGACAUCAAUAAACAACUGAUAUUUACAGAAGAUAUUAAAGAAGAAGAAAGGAAGCCAUCUUCAGAUUCUCCUAAUAAGGAAAACAACACCUGGAACAUAAAAGUGACACCUGUGGAUUAUCUUCUGGGAGUGGCUGAUCUAACUGGAGAAUUGAUGCGGAUGUGUAUUAAUAGUGUUGGCAAUGGUGAUAUAGAUACUCCAUUUGAGCUGAGUCAAUUCCUGUGUGAGAUUUAUGAUGGCUUUUCUUACAUUGGUAACACUGGACCGUAUGAAGUUUCUAAGAAGCUCUAUACUUUGAAACAGAGCUUAGCUAAAGUGGAGAAUGCCUGUUAUACACUGAAAGUCAGGGGUUCUGAGAUACCAAAGCAUAUGCUAGCUGAUGUGUUCGCCAGUAAAACAGAAAUAAUUGACCAAGAUGAUGGGCUUUCUUAAGCAUACUGGGAACCUCACAACACACAAGAUCAAAAACUACAGGAUCAGAGCAAAGCCAAGCCCUGGAUUUGCUUAUCAGAAAUAUUAGCUGUAAUUCAUGUUUUAUGAAUAGCUGAAGUAGAAUAUGUUGUAUUCUAAAACUGUUAUUGUGUAAUGAUUUAACACCUCCCAUCCGUCCCCAAGCUUAUCGCCCAGUGAAAAUGUUGUUUUUAUACAGGGACCACUUCUUAUAUUCUUUACUUUAGUAUUGUGGGCAUACUGCAGGUUACCUUAAACCAGGUACCAGUGAAGGACCAUAGUCCAUAAUAUACAUGCAAUAUGAUAAUGAUUUGCUUUGUUUCAUUGUUGCUAUUAUUUAAGUGGUUAAAAUCUUCGACUGUUCAGAAUGUUCUGGUUAAAAUUUAUAUGUUCAUUUCUAAAUGACUGAAGAGAAAGUUAAUUGAGUGUGAAAGAAUCUAGGAAAAGCUAACAAGUUUAGCUUCUAUUAUUCUUUUGGUACUUUCAUAAUACGCCUUUUUUGUAUCUUAAUGUUGACUUUUUAUAGGUAAGUUAAUACUAGCACCUUGCAAAUUAAGCCAACCAAAAGCAGAUAAUUUGUAAAGAGUUUUAGUAUAAAUAGAAUCAGUGGGUAUACCCAGUUAAAGUAUACUCUGUGGAAGGAUUUGAAAGACAAUGCUCAAGAAAAUAAAUAAGAAAAAAUAUUUGAAAUAUGGUUUAAAACUGAAGUUGACAGAAUUUGUAAAUUAUGUAUCUGUCCUAUGUAUGUUCUUUAAAGGAUUAUGACAUUGUUUUGUGUAUUUAGUUAAUCUCUUGCUUCAGAUUCUUGAUUAGCCACUCUAGCUUAGACUUUAACUUCCUUU